GUUUGCUCGGUCAGUUCAGUAAACCUCAACCUGAGCUACAAAUCUUCUCCAAACUCAGUAAACACAAGUCUCUCUGAAGAUGGAUCGCAGCUUGUAAAACCAGUCCAGGUUUCUGAGCUGAUUGGAAAUGUGCUGAGAUUUCUGCAGAAUGAUGCCUGCGUUUCUGUUGCUAGGUACCAGUUGGCUGUGACUCGCUUCCGAGACAGGGAGGAGACCAGCAGCAGUAUUUAUCUUCAGAAUGACCCAUGGGAUCCAACAGUCACCUUCGAGAACUUCAUCCACAACAAUGAAAACAUCACCUCUCAGGACCUGGUUGCCUGGGUGACUGUUGGCUUCCUACACAUUCCACAUUCGGAGGAUAUACCCAACACCAGCACGCCCGGCAACGCCGCCGGGUUCUUCCUGCGGCCAUUCAACUUCUUCCAGGAGGACCCCUCUGUGGGCUCACGGAGCACGGUGAUUGUACGGCCCGAUGGUCAGUCCAAGGUGAAGAUUCAGAGAUGGACACUGAGCUCCCCUGACAUUUGCCUGUCAGAAAGGCCCUUAACCUAUAACGGCAGCUACUUACCUGACUAACCUGCCAGAGUGGGAGCAUGGAAUGGUCAUCUGUAAAACCCAGACAAGGCGUUACACCGUCCUGCUAACCCACUGGGGCCAAAUGGCCUCCUUUCUAAUCUGAAGCUUUCUAUGGCUCUGUGUUCAGUCUAAUUCCUGAACAGUUUCUUAUUAACACAAUCAAAGCCCUUCAGGAAUCUCCCCAGCACCUCCUCACAUCCAGGAGAACCAUCUCUAUUUCUCCGGUCCCUCCAUAUUUACUGAACUUGCCCAUCCCAGCGUCUGUUCUGCCCCACUCCCUCUCCAACUCUCGCCCUCCCCUUUGGGAGUUUAACAUGGACCCACUUUCACUCCCUCAGCCGAGUGAUCACCCUGCCUUGGGACAGCUCCUGCUCUGAUUAUGAACUACCCCAGGGCCAGGUGCUGACAGAGGGCAUAGACAGAGCUGUCACAACAGGGUGCUCUACGUCUAUCAGCGCAAGCCCAUGUUGUUCCUGUUCCUGACCCCACGCUGUCGGUGCUGCAUCUCAGUAUUUGCCUCAUCAUAGAGUCUGAUUCUGCAGUUCCAAACUCUGCGCCUAUUGAUCCCCAAACUCACACAUGCACACACGCACAGGCACACGCACAGGCACACGCACAGGCACACGCACAGGCACACGCACGCACAG